AUUCCUGUCCACCCUCGGUGACCAGUCGGGUCCGGAGUUGACCCCAUUCUGUACUGAAUCUGGGGAGUGAGGAGGAAUACUCAGGACAGGAUCCGGACAGUCCAGCGCUCCCCUAGCCCCACCCCGGGAGUCCCUGGCGCGCGGUAGCUGCGGUACGCGGCGGGUGCCUCACACCUGCCAGCGUCUUCUCCACCCCAGCUGUGAGGCCAAGACUCCCCAGUCCCGGAAGGCGUCCGACACCUGCUGCAGUCGUGCGUCUCCCCGCAGCUGCGGGCCUGCGCGUCCCGGUGCCGAGAGGGCCAAGACCAGAGCAGGUGCAGGGCGUUCCCCACCCCGGCUCCCUAAACUCCACCAGCCACCCCCACCCUCCCCGUUUUCCUCUGCGGGCCUGUGAUGGGGGUAGAGAAAGAUAUGCAAGUUCCCCCUCGCCCCCACCACCAAUCCCCACUCCUUUUGGAAGCCCAAGUCCUUCCUAAAGAUGGAGCCCAUUCCUAGCCUGGCAUCCCGUUUUCGUAAAGCCUUUUGGAAGUGGGAUGCAGCAGGAGCAGAUACUGCACAGUUAACCUUCAAAGCAGCCCCCCUGAGGAAUGAUACCCUUUGAAAGUGAAAGUGUUAGUCGCUGAGUCCUGUCUGACUCCUUGCGACCCCAUGGACUGUAGCCCAUCAGGCUCUUCUGUCCAUGCAAUUCUCAGGGCAAGAAGUAGAUAGCCAUUACCUUCUUCUGGGGAUCUUCCAGACCCGAGGAUCAAACUCCCGUCUCCUGCAUUGCAGGCAGAUUCUUUACCAUCUGAGCCACCAGGGAAGCCCAUGAUGUCAUUUGUACCCCCCUUCAAAAGUUCCCUGGAUAUUUCCACUCUUCUUAUUUUCCCCAGUAUUCUGAAAGACUGGUGAUUGUGCAUGCUAAGUCACUUCAGUAGUGUCUGACUCUUUGUGGCCCUAUGGACUGUAGCCCACCAGGCUCCUUUGUCCAUGUGUAGAGCUAGGCUAAGCCAAGUUUAGUUGGGUUUUGUGAGACUCCUGGGAACUUGGCUACUGUCCCCAGAGUGUUGUCAGUAGAGACCCCACCUUCAUAGAGGGGUUGGGGAGCCCCAGGUCUGGGUUGCACAUGACAACUGCCCUGAUCAACCCUCCAACAGAAAGGUUAGGGUCCAGCCAUACCUCAAUGGACCCCAGGGGCAUCUUGAAGGCAUUUCCCAAGCGGAAGAAAAUUCACACCAACCCAUCAUCAAAAGCUCUUGCAAAGAUUCCUAAGAGGGAAGACAGAGAAGAAGCAGGAGAGUGGCUGAGCUCCGUGCGGGUGCACAUUGUGCCCACCGGCAUUGGGAGAGCCCGGGCAGAACUCUUUGAGAAGCAGAUUGUCCAGCAUGGUGGCCAGAUAUGCCCUGCUCAGGCCCCAGGGGUCACUCACAUUGUGGUGGAUGAAGGCAUGGACUGUGAGCGAGCCCUCCGCCUCCUUAGACUGCCCCAGCUCCCCCCUGGUGCUCAGCUGGUGAAGUCAGCCUGGCUGAGCUUGUGCCUGCAGGAGAGAAGGCUGGUGGACACAGCAGGAUUCGGCAUCUUCACCCCCAAGAGGUACCCGGAUCAAGCACAGCUCAGCAAGGCAGACCAACUCUCUUUUACACCUCCUGGAGCCGGUGAGGCUCAGCCCAGGACAGCCCUGUCUCCUUCCCGACCUCCCACCAGACCUGUAUCUCCUGCCUGGAGGGCAGAGGCAGUUGCAAGCAUCCAAGCCCAGACCAGCUCUGAUGGUGAAACCAGUGAUGGGGAAGAGACCCAGGUUAGCGGUGCUGAUCUGGAAGCCCUGAUCAGCGGCCGCUACCCCACCCCCUUUGAGGGAGAUGGUGAGCCUAGCCCAGCCCCCAAGGGCCUGGAUAAGUGGGUCUGUGCACAGCCUUCGAGCCAGAAGGCAAUCAACCACAACCCCCAUAUCACAGAGAAGCUGGAAGUAUUGGCCAAAGCCUACAGCGUUCAGGGAGACAAGUGGAGGGCCCUGGGCUAUGCCAAGGCCAUCAAUGCCCUGAAGAGCUUCCACAAGCCUGUCACCUCCUACCAGGAGGCCUUUGGCAUCCCUGGGAUUGGAAAGCGGAUGGCUGAGAAGAUUGUCGAGAUCCUGGAGAGCGGGCAUCUGCGGAAGCUGGACCACAUCAGCGAAAGCGUGCCUGUCUUAGAGCUCUUCUCCAACAUCUGGGGAGCUGGAACCAAGACUGCCCAGAUGUGGUACCAUCAGGGUUUCCGGAGCUUAGAAGACAUCCAAAACCAGGCCUGUCUGACUAGCCAGCAGGCCAUUGGCCUGAAGCAUUAUGAUGACUUCCUAGACCGCAUGCCCAGGGAGGAGGCUGCAGAGAUUGAGCAGACAGUCCGGGAAGCAGCUCAGGCCUUCAACCCCGGGCUGCUGUGCGUGGCAUGUGGUUCAUACCGACGGGGAAAGGCAACCUGUGGUGAUGUGGAUGUGCUGCUCACCCACCCGGAUGGCUGCUCUCACCAGGGCAUCUUCAGCCGCCUCUUGGACAGCCUCCGGCAGCAAGGGUUCCUGACAGAUGACCUGGUGAGCCACGAGGAGAACGGCCAGCAGCAGAAGUACCUGGGUGUGUGCCAGCUCCCGGGGCCAGGGCGGCGGCACCGACGACUGGACAUCAUCGUCGUUCCCUACAGCGAGUUUGCUUGUGCCCUGCUCUACUUCACCGGCUCUGCCCACUUCAACCGCUCCAUGCGGGCUCUGGCCAAGACCAAGGGCAUGAGCUUGUCAGAGCAUGCCCUCAGCACAGCUGUGGUCCGCAAUGCCCAAGGCCACAAGGUGGGCUCUGGCCAAGUGCUGCCCACCCCCACUGAGAAGGAUGUCUUCAGGUUCUUAGGCCUGCCCUACCGAGAACCCGCUGAGCGGGACUGGUGACCCGGCUGCCCCUCCUGGCCAUUCAGCCAGCCUCAGUGGGCUGAACCUCACUGUGUCAACCACUGGCUCCUCUGGGCUUGAUGGGAAGAGUCAGUCUGGCUCCCAGGGCUGCCUGGCCCUCUCUGCAGCAGGGUCAGGUGUUACCCUGUCUACCUCACCAUUGCCCCUGAAGAAUUGUGCACAUGGCUCCCUGCCCCAUUUUAGGCAGGAACUGGUACCUGGCUUGGGGCCAGCUUCCUGCUUUGGAGGCCCAGGCAUCCCCACUUCUCUACCCCAAGGAGGGUCUAGCUGCUGGGGGUGGGAUGGGGGUUGCAGGGGAGAGGCAUAUUGCUUUGGUCCAGCAUCACCCAAGACCCUUCAGAGCAAACGAGCCGCUCCAGAAGUGCUUCCUCCACCUACCUCCCUUGCAGUGCAGCUAGAAGUGUGGGGAGGGGGCACCCCAGGAUCGAUGAGGACAGUGUUUGAAGGCCCAGGGGCCCGAUAAAGUGCACUUAACAUUCA